UUGAAAAAAAUGGACAGCUAUUUUCUGCUUGUUCGCCUGAUUAUCUUUAGUCUCUGCAGUGCGUUUUUGCCCGCUCUGAUAAAAUGGGUCGUUGACACAAGGCAAAGAAAAUCAGAGAUAGAAAAGCAACUGCUAGCCGAGCUGAAAUCAAUGAAGAUGGAAUUAAUGGGAAUUUCCAUGGUCGAUGAGUUUGCCCGGCAUGCAAAAUUGCAGAGGAAGAUUACAAAAAUGCAGGAUGAUUUGAAAUCAGCUGCCAACUCAAGAAUGUUAAAUGCAACUAAAAAUAAGGCCCUAUACACUCAGCUAGUGAACGCGGCACUAGGAUUGUAUUUGAUUUACUUGGUUUGGAACUACAGAUAUGUGCCUGUUUUAACACUAUCAGAGGGCUGGCUUUACCCUAUUGAUGGUCUCCUCAGCUGGCCAACAGGUGAAAAAGGUGCAAUUUCAGUUGCAGCUUGGCUUGCUUUGUCCAGGACAAGUAUAAAAGUUUUCUCCAGUAUGAAGGCUUAAAAUAAAGGAAUACACAUUCAUAAAACUAAUUUUUUAAUAUCC